AUGAAACGGAAAGGGAAAGGAGGAAAAGAGGGACUGGUGGGAGGGAGUGAAACCGGUGAGGGAUCGGGUCCUAAGAGCAGCAAAUCCGUGAUCUUGCUGUGUCGUUGGGCCAUGAUCGGUCGGUAUGACGCAGGCGGUUCCACCGGCAGCGGCACAUCACAAAACCCUCCACCACUACACCCCUCCACUUUUCCAAACGAAAAUACGCAUUACAGUGUACAUUUUCUCAGAGCGCAGUUCGAUAUAGAUGCCCACUCGAGUUUAGUGCCUUCCGAUUUCCCUAAUGACAUUCGCGAAGAUACACUCAUACCUGGAGGCUAG